AUGAUCUCGCGGACCAAGAGCACGUGGAAGACGGGCGAGGCGAUCGACUUCUGCUCCAACGACCUGCUGUCCUUGGGCUCGACGGGCCGCCUGCGGGCCGAGUUCCUCGAGGAGCUCGCGCGCAACCCCAACUUCCUGCUCUACGCCGGCGGCUCGCGCCUCAUGGACGGCAACUACGACUACAUCGAGCAGGUCGAGCAGGAGAUCGCCGACUUCCACGGCUCCGAGGCCGCGCUCAUCGUGAACUCGGGCUACGAGGCCAACGGCGCCAUCUUCUCCUCGAUCCCGCGUCCCGGCGAUGCGAUCGUCUUCGAUGAGCUGGUGCACGCGAGCGCGCACGACGGCAUGGCGCACUGCCUGUCGCUGUGCAAGAUGCCGUUCCGCCACAACGACGUGGAUGCCUUCCGCGAGGUGCUGUCCUCGGUGGUGGACUCCCAGCCGCAGAUCCGCGACGGCUCGCGCUCGGUGCUGGUCGCUGUCGAGUCGAUAUACAGCAUGGACGGGGACGUGUGCCCCCUGGAAGAGAUGAUCGAUAUCGCGAACGAGAUAUGCCCGAAGGGCAACGCGGUCUUCAUCGUGGACGAGGCGCAUGCCACGGGAAUAGUAGGGCCCAAGGGCGCCGGGCUCGUGUCCGCGCUGGGGAUUCAAGACAAGAUUGCCAUCCGCCUCCACACCUUUGGAAAGGCGCUAGCGUCUACGGGGGCCGUCAUUCUUGGUAACCACACCGUGAGAAUAUCGCUGUUGAACUUCGCGCGAUCAGUCAUCUACACCACCGCGCCUUCAUUCCCGUCGGUCGCGGGGAUACGCUCCGCGUAUAACCUGCUGAAAGCAGGUGCUCUUCAAGAGUCGCAAGACAAGAUCCAGCACCUGGUCAAGCACUUCCUCACCACCAUAACGGCGAACGAGGUCUGGGACGAGGCCAACGACAAGGGUAUCCUGUCGAUCCCGCUGAGCGAGAACUUCGAGGCGCGCGAGUUCCUCACGCACAUCGUGCCCGUGUGGACGCGGCAGCGCUACAACUACUGGCUCGUCUUCCACCUGCAGCUGGCCAAGUUCUCCGCCUUCCCCAUCGACUACCCCAUCGUGCCCAAGGGCCAGAGCCGCAUCAGGCUCAUGUUCCACGCGGCCAACUCCGAGGCCGAGGUCGAGGCCCUCGCCAACUGCAUCUGCGACUGGGCCAAGGAGAUGAUGGAGAUCGAGAAGGCCGGCCAGGAGAAGUCGAGGGUCCCCAAGGCUGCCCAGGUGAUAUAUGCCAUGAUGGCCGAUGUAUGA